ACCACCCCCACUAGCGGUCGAUAGUCAGUUGGUAUCGAUCUGUUGUUUACAACUUUUCGCAAUGUCUACAACGUAAGCAGUCUGCGUAAAAAUCUACGAUUAGUUAAUUUGGGAGCGAGGGACUGGAAAAUGUGGAGCGAGCGCUGCUAAAGGAACUACCCAACCAACCACCCACAACGUCCAUCCACUCCAAAGGUCAAAUGCUGCCUUCUUACGAGCGUUUCAGCGAUCCCAAAAGCGUCUUCUUCCGGCUUCCCUUCGCAAGAUUGGCAGUGGUGGCUCUUAGUUUGCCCUUGGGAGGAUUCUUUUUCUGCGUUAUUUGGUCGCUGACCUUCGACUUCGUUAGGAGCACCUACACUCACUGCGAUGUGACAAACUACCUACCAUCAGUCUCCGCAGCUAUUGGGAAUUAUGAACCCCAAAAAACUGUUUGGAGACUGGCCAUCUUCCUGCAUUUACCACUGCGUUUGGCGGUGGCCAAAAUCUAUUUGGAGCAUUAUCGGGAACAUAUCCGCAGAAGCAGGAGGUUACUAGGCAUUCUGGCAUGCUUCCUGAAUGUUGUGGAGGAUUUAGCACUUUUCUGCCUGUCCUUUUGGACUUCCGCAGAUCAUUAUGAGACUCACAGGAACGCCUUUGUGGUGUUUAUCGCCUGCUCUGAGUGUUACAUGUUGGUUUCCUACCUGCUGAACAGGAAUAUACGGAAGACUGUGCUUUUGCCACACGAGGAGAAGUCAUUGCGGUACAAGAGAAACCUGUUUUUGGUUAAUGUGGUGGCUUUUGGAUUGGCAGGAUACUGCUUCGUUAGGCACAACUCCCAUUGCGAGGCUGGAGUGUACACCUUUUUUGCCUUGUUCGAGUAUAUCGUAGUGCUGACCAACAUGGGAUUCCACAUGACAUCCUACUGGGACUUUUACGCCCUCAACGUGGUGUGCGAUGCCAAGCACGGCCUUUACCUAUCGCAGAUCUAGAUCAAUUAAAAAUGCAAUUCCAGUCAGCGCCGCCAUAUCAUCCAGCCAGUCGUCUCCGAGUAUUCUGUACAUACGCGGUAUUAGCUUAAGCUCAAAGUUUACUUAAUUUCCAUAAAGGAAACUGCUUCCGAGGAAUUCCGACAGGAAACGAUUCAGUAUGACAGGAUCUGAUGCAUACACACGCUUUUAGUUAAGGCUUCGGCACGCUUCAAAAAGUGUCCAGAAGAUUUAGUUAAAUUCGAACCGAGUUCCAUCAAUAUGUAAUGCAUUAUUUAUAUUCGUGAUCUUAGUCAAGAACAUGGCUUUACUAAGGUUCUAUUUAUACAAACGAAUUUUUUGAUUGGCUUUUUGGUCCUAGUAUUUAUUUGUUAAGCUUAAAGUUUUAUUUAUUUGAAUUCCGCUAAAUGGCGAAUAUAACAUUUGUAACUCUA